CACCGACACUGCUACUGCACCACUACAACUCAGUUGCGUCUUGGCUACAUCAUCGCCCGGGCCAAUUUUGGCCAGAGAAUCGUUCAAGCAUGAUAUUAUAACUCCAACUCGCUCUCGCAGCCCGUCGCCAAUAUGUGGCUCGACCGUCUGACAGGCCCUGUCACUCCCAGCGGCUCCCUUACUCCCUCACGCCCAUACUCGCCCUCUCCACGCAAGAACUCCAAUCUUGCUGCUCCUCAACGGCCUGGAUUGAGUGUCUAUAACCCAGCAAGAUCCUCAUCAUCCUUGGAUCUCAGCGCCAAUACCUCUACCACCUCCCUUGUCCCAUCGACCAGAGCCGUCACAAAUGGCUCUUCCCUCCGCUUUGAACAACGACCACCACCGGAUGUGCCGGACCCCCUGAAGGUGUUACGGAGUAUCUUGGGAAGCGCCGAAGACGACUCCGCUGUAGACAAACCAAAAAAGAGGAAAUCCCGUACUGUGAAUAUCGAUUUUCAAGGACGAAGUCUAGAAGAAUAUGCCCAGCAAACGCUGUCAACAGUAGAACCUACCAACCUGUCUGUGGCGGCCCCUGGUCCCAACGCCACCGAGAACAGACAGAAGUACCAGGAUUUCCACACGUCCAUUGUCGACUGUGAUCAAGUCCUUCAAAAUGUCGAGACAUAUCUCACCAAUUUCAAAGCUGAACUUGGUCAAGUUUCGGCCGAGAUUGAGAACCUUCAGGCUCGUUCCAUCCAGCUGAACGCGAAACUAGACAAUCGCCGCAAUGUCGAGAAACUGUUGGGCCCCGCUGUGGAGGAAGUCAGUCUGUCGCCCAUCACUGUUCGGUCUAUAGCAGAUGGACCCAUCGACGACAACUUCAUCAAAGCACUCCAUGAAGUUGAAGCCCGCUCUCUCCUGAUAGACGCCAAGGAAAAGGAGGCAGAUAACGUUCGGGCACUACAGGAUUUAAAGCCUCUUCUGGACGAUCUAAAAUCCAAAGCCAUUGAGCGCAUCCGCGAUUACGUUGUCGCCCAAAUCAAAGCGCUACGAUCACCCAAUAUCAAUGCUCAAGUCAUUCAGCAACAGACACUGCUGAAGUACAAAGACCUCUAUGCUUUCUUGGCUCGUCAUCACAGCAUAUUGGCAGACGAGAUUGCCCAGGCCUAUGUCAACACCAUGAAGUGGUACUAUACCAGCAACUUCUCCCGCUACCAGCAAGCCCUAUCCUCACUGAAACUGCACAUAUUCGACCAGCACGACUUGCUUGGCCCUGAGGUUGCCCCUGCACGUAGAACCGUGCUAGGUGCCUCCAAGCCGAAUGUGCCACCCCAUGACUCCUUCAACCUUGGAAAACGUGAAGAUGUGCUCAAAUCAAAGACCGACAAUGCUUUGCCUGCUUAUCUUGCCGAAGACAGCAAAUCAACCCACUACCACUAUAUGGAAAUCCCAUUCCGCAACUUCAACCUCGCCCUCAUCGACAAUGUUUCAGCCGAAUAUUCUGUCUGCACCGAAUUGUUCUCCGCCACGUCAUCCUACCAACAAAUCUCGAAACGUGUCACGGAAAUCUUCGAACCAACAUUCGCCAUGGGCCACGCUCUUACCAAACAAUUGAUCGACACCUCCAACGACGGUCCAGGAGUUCUCUUAUGUGUGCGACUGAACCAGCAUUCAGCCUUCGAACUACAAAGACGCAAAGUCCCCGUUGCCGACAACUACAUCAACUACACCAAUAUCCUUUUAUGGCCACGCUUCCAAAUGAUCAUGGACCUACACAUUGAAUCGCUGAAGAAGGUCCCUGUCUCAACCGCUCGUGGAGCAGCAGCUGCGUUCUCGCUAGUGGGCGGCUCUUCUCCCGACCCUUCUAGAUCCUCCUUGGCGCCUCAUGUGGUGACGCAGCAAUUUGGCCAAUUCCUUCAUAGUAUCCUCGCUCUCUCUGCUGAAGCUGGAGACGACGAACCGAUUUCCAAAAGUCUCGGCCGAUUAAGGUCUGAGUACGAGACUUUAAUGGGGAAACUAUCCAAAGGAGCUGGUAACGAUGCGGGCAAAAAGUCAAAAUUCUUGUACAAUAACUAUAGUCUGAUCUUGACUAUUAUCAGCGACACGAAGGGAAGGUUGGCCGAGGAACAAAAGGAACACUUUGGAGUCUUGCUUAAAGAUCUCAAGGCACGAUAGUUAUAGCACCAAUUGAAAUCAAUCAAUUGCUUCAAGGAG